AAAAUUUGGAAGAAAUUUGGACGGAUCCUCAUUCAUUAUGGAUUAAUAAAGUUAAAGUUCAACCAAGGCGGAAUCUCCGAGGCAGACCCCCCCAAAUGUCUCUGACUCCUCCGCUUCUUAAAACCACUGCGGCCAGGCUCUCCUGCUCACUUGCUUCCACGCCCAAAUUCCAUCGUUUGACUUCCGCUUUUGUCCCUCGCCCUCUCCUCGGGCUCCGUCCUAUUUCCAAAACGGUCUCUCCUCUUACCGCCAGGGUCCUCUCAACUUUUAACGUCGCCAUGGGGGACGCGCCUGACGCCGGCAUGGACGCUGUCCAGCGACGCCUCAUGUUUGAGGACGAAUGCAUUUUGGUGGAUGAGAAUGAUUCUGUAGUUGGUCAUGAUACCAAAUAUAACUGUCACUUGUGGGAAAAAAUUGAAUCUGGAAAUAUGCUGCAUAGAGCUUUCAGUGUAUUUCUGUUUAACUCAAAACAUGAGUUGCUUCUUCAGCAACGUUCUGGAACAAAGGUAACAUUCCCUCUUGUGUGGACAAACACGUGCUGCAGCCAUCCAUUAUACCGUGAAUCUGAGCUUAUUGAGCAGAAUGCCCUUGGUGUAAGGAAUGCUGCACAAAGAAAGCUCUUGGAUGAACUGGGUAUUCCUGCUGAAGAUGUGCCAGUUGAUCAGUUCAUUCCACUGGGCCGCAUGCUGUACAAGGCACCUUCCGAUGGCAAGUGGGGGGAGCAUGAACUUGAUUACCUACUCUUCAUUGUACGAGAUGUUAAUAAUAAUCCAAACCCCGACGAAGUAGCCGAUGUUAAAUAUGUGAAUCGGGAAGAAUUGAAAGAGCUGUUGAGGAAAGCAGAUGCUGGUGAGGAGGGUUUGAAGCUGUCCCCUUGGUUCAGACUAGUGGUGGACAAUUUCUUGCUCAAGUGGUGGGAGCAUGUUGAGAAAGGGACUCUGAAAGAAGCUGCCGACACGAAAACCAUUUACAAGUUGACUUAAAAUUAUUUACCUUCUUCUUGCAGCUGGGUUUUGCCAAUAGAUUUGAAAUAAUAAGGCAUUGUGAUGGUGUUUUUGUUGUAGCUGUUGUGCUUAUUUCCUGUUUUGUUAACUUGGUAACUGUUGUGUUGUAUUAUUACCAAUGUGGGUGAGACUUGUUAUCUACAAAUUGGCUUCAUAAUUCAAGAAACUUAUUACUUGUUGAAA